ACCAAAACAAACCUCUCUUUAAAUUUUCGGUGCUAACCUAAAACAAAGUGUAUAAAUGUAAUAGAUGAGAGUGCGACAUUUUUUCACGGGUAUCCUUAUAGGCAUCCCAAUUGGGAUCACCUUUUUGGACAAAGUUGGUUACAUAGCUAAAGUAGAAGGAAUCUCUAUGCAACCAACUUUAAAUCCAGAUGGGAGGCAUCCUGAUUAUGUUUUUUUGAAUCGUCGAGCAGUUCGUACGGAAGCUAUUCAACGAGGCGACAUAGUAACUGUCAAAUCUCCAAAAUCUCCAGAUCAGAUUUUGAUUAAACGUGUUAUAGGACUUUCUGGAGACAUUGUGCACACACAUGGAUAUAAAAUAGACAUUCUUAGGGUACCAGAAGGACACUGUUGGGUAGAAGGAGAUCACAUUGGUCAUUCUAUGGAUUCUAAUAGCUUUGGGCCAAUUUCUGUUGGAUUAAUAACUGCAAAAGCUACUUCCAUAGUGUGGCCACCCAAGCGUUGGCAACAUCUUUAUCCUUCCAUGUCGAAUCAUAAUUUUCCAUUGAACUCGUCAAAGGUACCAGCUGGAUAAAACUUAAUUUAGAAAAAAU